AUGGCUCCUCGAACACGAUCUCAGACAGGUUCUAUGCCGAAGAAGGCAGCCCCGAUCAGCAACCCAAGUACGACGAGCGGCACGACGAGCAGAAUAGGAAGGACAGCUGUUGCUCAAGCUCCGAAGGGGAAGAAGCAAAAUAAACGACAAAAUCCGCCUGCAGAAAAUAAGCUAUCUUCCCCGAAGCCACCACCACAGCCGAGUCCCAGCAAGCCUCUUCCCAGGGUUGGUUUAUCGGAAACCGCCUUGGAAUUUCCUCUUGCAGCGGAUGCUCCAUCGGGUCAACCCAGAAUCUUCUAUGGAGAAGGCGCACCAUUUCCUCGAUGGAGAACCAAACUUGAUAAACGGCCCCUUGGCGAGGAUCUUGAGAAAGAUUUGAUCAGGACAUACCCUGGCAAAACUCACAUCCCGGGCAUAGCACCAGGCAGCCAUCCGAGGGCUAACGACUACACCAUUGGCCUUGGGUGUGUCAAGUGGGACUUUGAACCAGGUUCGUCUGCAGGCUGGGGCACAUUGACAGGCCAUGAGCUUUACAUGUACGCAUGCGCUCGUCUCAGAGAGGCAUUGGAUGAUCCAUUGUCUCGAUGGCAACUACGAGACGCUAUACGGAAAGGAGAAAAUGCACGCUACAUCGCCCAUGUCGAGAAUCCAGUACCGCCCCUAAUACGCUUCGGCGGAACAGGUGUGUUGCCUCCAAACGACCCGCUCAUUGAACGGAUCAAGGCAAAUGCACGUAAGGGUGAGCUCAUACUCAAAAAUAGGCCCAAGGUGCUAGACAUGAAGCAGUUCGAACGCCCGUCGCUUGCCUGGCGGCCGGGUGAGAUCGGACCCGACAUGGGGGAGUAUUCGCGGUUUGUUGAACGGGUGAGGAACCAUCGCUUCGGGACGUUUGACCCUCCAGACCGCCAAUAUUCUACUGUCGACCCGACUGCUACGCUGAAGGUCGAGACUUCGGCAGAGCGGCUUUUCAACGAGGGAGCAGAAGCAGCCGAGAGCACGGCUGGGGGGAACGCUGAUCGGCAGGUACAGCACGCUGAGGGGGCUCGGGAUAUUGAAACGAUAGAGAAUCCAUCUGCCUUGAGUGGACAGAGCGCGGCAACUUUCCAGGCUCAAAGAGCAGGUGGAGAUAUAGAGGAGCGUAUGCGAAAGGCAAAACGGUUCAUUAAAAACGAACAAUUAAUAUUUCCACACAGAGCUCAGGCAAAGCAACGCGGCUGUGGGAAAGCUGCAAAUAAAGGUCCAGUUCAGGAGUUGGCUCCAGGCUCGAGUCGAGCAGCAAAAAAAUUUGCUGCCCUUGCUGGGGCUGUCAGCCAAGAUCCAUUGAAGUUACAGCUUCCAUCUAACGAGAUGGAUGAAGCUUCCAAGUAUUUCCGCAUGUGCAAUGAUAUCGUCGAUGAUCCCGAAGCGCGCCAGAAAUACUACCCGAAAGUCGAAGCCUUUCGUCGAAUUCGAUCAUGGGCCGGGGCUGUAAUGCCCGUAGAUGUCGGAAGGGAUGUCAAGACGAAUAUGUCCAAGGUCCCUACAGCCAACAGACCAUUUUUGAAGAUGAAGAAGCCACAAGAGGUUCCUCGAGGUGUGAAGCUUUGA